GCCACACUCGGUGGCCCCUCUUCCUGUUGAAAAAGAAAAAAAACUCUGUUUGUGAGUCUGAAGCGAAGCGGUGGAAGGUAGGGGAGGGGAUCGGUCUGAUCUUGCGAGGAAGCCCUAGGUUCGCCAGAUUCCUUCCUCCAAUAUUUGCAAGACAUACACAGCCCGAGGAUCCGAAGAAAUCGAGAGCAGCCAUGGCCGCCGCGAUUCGACAUGCGGCGAGGAGGAUCAAUGUCCAGCGGGCUGUUGAGCCUCCAAGGCUUGUCAACACCGGCCCCGUCAACCCCAAGCCGCAUGGGCUCACGGCCGACCAGAAGAAGGAUGCCGCGAUUCGCAUGGCUCUGAUCGACAAUAAGACAGAGGAGCUCUACAAUCUGGUUGCUGGGUUCAACGCAAAGUACACUGUUAAGGGCAGCGUAGGCCAAAAGUACACCAACCUGAUGAAUCAACUCUCUGUACAGAUCCAACCUAGGCACGAUGACCCUGGCUGGCGCUCGUGCCGGCGAUCAGCCAUCGUUCAUGAUCGCUUCAAAACCGUGGGAGGGCUUUUCAUUGGCUAUGUGCUUGGAGAUGCCUUGUUUCACUGGUACCAUGACAGAGAUCUGUAAGAUGGCCAAGCUCUCAAGAAGCAUAGCGUCUUGCAUCACAAGAAUUCCUAAGUGUUUUUGGUGUAACAUGCUUUGCUUGACAGUCUAGACAGGUUAAUCAAGUGUCUACUGUUGAUACACCUUCCAAGGUGUAUUCUCGAAAAAAUCAAGUGCCUACUGAUCGCUCCAUGUUUUUUUUUUCUUCCCUCUUUGUCUCGUUGCGUUGCUACUCGUUGUGAUCAAACUAUAUGUAUUUAUAUGUUGCAGACUUGUCUUGAUGCUGCAAGAUCUAUUCAUUCUAGGUGUUGUUUA